AUGCUACUGUGGUCGCCCAUGGCCUACAAAUACCGGGCAGUCCGGCCUUUGGACAGAUCAGCAAUUGCGAACUUGGCCCUCUCAUUCCAGACUACACUUUCAGACUACCUGUUCCUUGACCGUCUGGUGGACUCAGGCGUAAUGCCCAGCCCUUGGACCGGCUUGAACGAGCGAAAGCUCCUCCUGUGCAUCAUUGACCAGAAAAACACAUUCAAAUGGCAGCACAUAGCCCAGAGCAUGGGUCCACAAUUCUCUGCGGAAGCGUGUCGCUUCCACACAAAACUCACUGCCAGAAUGCCUUACCAAUGGACCCCGGAGCGGGAGCGCCGUAUGCUUCUUGUUGCCAUUGCGUCGGCUAACCUGAAGCCAUCCGCCGACACUUGGACAAAGGUCUCUCAACUUCUGGGCGGAGGCUUGACUCCCUCCGCCGUAAGUCAAAAAUACUACAAACUCCGAAAUGAAUUCGCCAAGCUGCCCGACGGCGGCCAACCGCCGUCAUCAUCGCCGACGUCUACAUCGACAUCGUCUUCGACGCCUUCGACACCAACCAAGCGAAAGGUAUCCGACAGCGACGGCAGCGAAGAAGAAGAAGAGCCUAAGAAACCGACACCACCGUCAAAGCGUGCAAGGAAGACGAAACGGGAGGCUCUGGAUGGUGUUCCGUUUUCGAAUUCCAGUGGCAGCUUCACUUCGGGCAUCAGGGAAGAAGACAUGGCCGCGAAGGUGAUGACCAUGACUCCCGGGAAUAUGUUCGAGCAGCAGCAGCCGUACAACAUGCACGAGCAAUUUUUCAUACCAGUGAACAUGCCUGCGGAAGAGGACAAUGCCCGGGGUGUCAACAAUGGUUUCUCGUGCUGA